ACGAAAUUAAUUUUCGACUGUGUGAUUAACAAUGGUGAGCAGUUGGAACGUGAAGAUGCACACAUUAUUUAUCGUCGUAAUAGUCCUCCUAACGAGAGCCGCUUCCCAUGCUGCAUAUGACGCCGACUGUAACGGUGACCACUGUCACAAAGAUCCACCUGCGAGUCAGGAGGUCAAGGAGGAGGAAGAAUAUCCUAUGCUAUACUGGAUGAUGGGGGAUUCAUGUUUCAAAAUUGGGGAAUAUAACCCAUUCCUUACCAUGGAACAACAGGAACCCCCCGCAAUCUGUCCCGAAGGCACCGAAAUGUUCUGGAAGGACCCAAAGGAAUGGACGAAAGAAGAAAGAGAAGCCCUGGGACUCGUCGAAGUGGAUUACAAUGAGUAUAUGAAGGAGGCGGGACAGAGAGUGGUGUGACCUGGAAUCAGACCAUUCUUCCCGAUGUGCACAUAACCAGUGCCCUAGUACAAUAGACGGGGAGCUCUGUCACACCUAUUAAUAACAUGAUCCGGUUUGACAACCAUCCUGCUUGACUGAAUGACAAUCAGAUUAAAACACAACUCGGCACUGGAUAAUGCUGUAUUAAAUCUGUUUUUGUGAUGUUCAGAAUUGACGAUA